UCUCUCAUCCCGCUCCGCUGCGGGAAAUCGGGCUGAAGCGACUGAGUCCGCGAUGGAGAGAGAAAAGGAACAGUUCCGUAAACUCUUUAUUGGUGGCUUGAGCUUUGGAACCACAGAAGAAAGUUUGAGGAACUACUAUGAGCAAUGGGGGAAACUUACAGACUGUGUGGUAAUGAGAGAUCCUGCAAGCAAAAGAUCAAGAGGAUUUGGUUUUGUAACUUUUUCAUCCAUGGCUGAGGUUGAUGCCGCCAUGGCUGCAAGACCUCAUUCAAUUGAUGGAAGAGUGGUUGAGCCAAAACGUGCUGUUGCAAGAGAGGAAUCGGGAAAGCCAGGGGCUCAUGUAACGGUGAAGAAGCUGUUUGUUGGUGGAAUUAAAGAAGAUACUGAGGAACAUCAUCUUAGAGACUACUUUGAAGAAUAUGGAAAAAUUGAUACCAUUGAGAUCAUUACUGAUAGGCAGUCUGGAAAGAAGCGAGGCUUUGGAUUUGUUACUUUUGAUGACCAUGACCCUGUGGAUAAGAUUGUGUUGCAGAAAUACCAUACCAUCAAUGGUCAUAAUGCAGAAGUAAGAAAGGCUUUGUCUAGACAAGAAAUGCAGGAAGUUCAAAGUUCUACAAGUGGAAGAGGAGGCAGCUUUGGUUUUGGAGAACCUCGAGGUGGUGGUGGAAAUUUUGGACCAGGACCAGGAAGUAACUUUAGAGGAGGAUCUGAUGGCUAUGGAAGUGGUCGUGGAUUUGGGGAUGGCUAUAAUGGGUAUGGAGGAGGGCCUGGAGGUGGCAAUUUUGGAGGUAGCCCUGGUUAUGGAGGAGGAAGAGGAAGAUAUGGUGGUGGAGGACCUGGAUAUGGCAACCAGGGUGGGGGCUACGGAGGUGGUUAUGACAGCUAUGGAGGAGGAAAUUACGGAAGUGGAAAUUACAAUGAUUUUGGAAAUUAUAACCAGCAACCAUCUAACUAUGGUCCAAUGAAGAGUGGAGAUUUUGGUGGUAGCAGGAACAUGGGGGGACCAUAUGGUGGAGGAAACUAUGGUCCUGGAGGAAGUGGAGGAAGUGGGGGCUAUGGAGGGAGAAGCCGAUAUUGAGCUUCUUCCUAUUUGCCAUGGGCUUCACUGUAUAAAUAGGAGAGGAUGAGAGCCCAGAGGUAACAGAACAGCUUCAGGUUAUCAAAUAACAAUGUUAAGGAAACUUUUGUCUCAGUCAUGCAUAAGUAUGCAGUGAUAUGGCAGAAGACACCAGAGCAGAUGCAGAGAGCCAUUUUGUGAAUGGAUUGGAUUAUUUAAU